UAAUACUUGAACUACGUCCUAUGGUUGUGUCAUUUUGUGCCGUGAAGGUCACCAAAAAAUAAAUUUGAAAUAUUUGUUAUGUGCCAUCAAAGAAAAUCUUCACCCCUGAUAUCUGUGUUGUUUGCUGUUCUACUUUCGCCACAAACACAAACGCUCGACCCGAUCACGGCUUUUAUGGAUUUUGUCCAAGAAGGAACUAGUGAGCUCGGAGAUGAACCUCCUGAUGUAAGUGACCUCCUCCCUGAAUAUGACUUCAUAGUUGUUGGCGCCGGCACUGCUGGGUGCGUCUUAGCCAAUCGUCUCAGCGAAAUAUCCGAAUGGAAAGUUUUGCUCGUCGAAGCUGGAGAUAAGGAAAAUUUUAUAAUGGACAUACCAAUGAUGGCUAAUUACCUUCAGUUCACGACAGCAAAUUGGAACUACAAAACGAAGCCUUCACAUAAAUAUUGUACUGGACUUCAAAACAAACAAUGCAAUUGGCCUAGAGGAAAAGUUGUUGGAGGUUCAAGUGUCUUAAACUAUAUGAUAUAUACGAGAGGCGCCAAGCUUGAUUACGAUGCAUGGGAAGCUAUGGGUAAUGAAGGCUGGGGAUGGGAAGACGUGCUCCCAUACUUUAAGAAAAUUGAGAAUUUCAAUAUACCCAAAUUAAAUACCCCUAAGACUCAUGGCCAAGAUGGUUAUCUUAAUGUAGAAUAUACUCCUUACCGCACUGCAAAAUCUAAAGCAUGGGUUAAAGCAGCUCAGGAAUUAGGAUUUGAAUACAAAGACUAUAACGGAGGAAAUCCAUCAGGUGUGUCUUAUUUACAGUUAUCAAUGAAAAAUGGAACAAGACACAGUUCAAGCAGAGCUUACUUACAUCCCAUUAAUGGAAGACCAAACCUUUACUUAACCAAAAAAAGUAUGGUCACAAAACUUAUAUUUGACGAUACGAAGACUAAAGUAAUAGGCGUUGAGUUAGAAAAAAGGAGUAAAAAAUAUAAUAUACUGGCAAGGAAAGAAGUAAUAAUAUCUGCAGGAGCAAUAAACUCACCACAAUUGCUAAUGCUCUCAGGCAUAGGACCAAAGAGUCACCUUGAUUCGGUGAGAAUUCCAGUAGUAAAAGAUUUACCUGUUGGAUUUAAUUUAAUGGAUCAUAUAGCUGCUGGUGGGUUGCACUUCGUGGUUAAUAAGCAGAAGGAUCCUUCAAGUAUAGAAUAUGUCUUAUUUCAUUUAGAUUUAGUUUACAAUUGGAUGAAAACACACAAGGGACCUCUGGCUCUUCCAGGUGGAUGUGAAGCGUUAGUGUUUACGAAUUUAGAUGACAAAUUCAAUGCUUCUGGGUGGCCUGACAUGGAACUGUUAUUCCUUGGAGGUGGUUUGAAUUUCGAUCCACUUAUACAUCGCAAUUUUGGAUUUAACGAAAAAAUUUAUGGUGAUACUUAUGGACCGCUUGGAAGUACUGAUUCUUUUAUGGUCUUCCCCAUGUUAAUGAGACCGAAGUCAAAAGGCCGAGUUAUGUUACAGAGCAGAGAUCCAAAAGUGCACCCAUUAUUAAUACCUAAUUAUUUUGAAUAUCCAGAAGAUUUGCAAAAGAUAGUAGAAGGUAUUAAAUUGGCAAUUGAUAUAUCUAAACAACCAGCAAUGAAAAAAAUUGGAGCUAAAUUGUACGAUGUGCCUAUAAAAUACUGUUUAAAGUAUGGCUCAUUUGGGAGUGACGCUUAUUUUGCAUGUCAAGCUCAGAUGUUUACUUUUACCAUUUAUCACCAAAGUGGAACUUGUAAAAUGGGUGCCAAAGAUGAUCCUACUGCGGUUGUAGAUGCUAGAUUACGACUGCAUAACAUAGAAAGGGUGAGAGUCAUAGACGCAAGCAUUAUGCCAGAAGUUGUUUCAAGUCACACAAAUGCUCCAGUUUACAUGAUAGCCGAAAAAGGAGCAGAUAUGAUUAAACAAGACUGGGGUCGACUAUAAUAAACUGAAUUUGGUAUCUAGUUAAAUUAGUGCAAAUUUUAUAUCAGUAAAUGUCUUUCUUGAUGGACCUAUUAUAUAUUUAGGUUAGAAACAUAAUUGAUCGUGAAAGUGCAACAUAAAAGCGUCUAAAAUAUGUUUUGCAUUUAGGAGUUUGAGUACAAAGAACGACAUAAAGGAUAGAUUAAUUACUUAAUUCGAUAGAAGGCCUACUUCUGAAAUUACAAAAUAUAAAUAAAACGACGGUAAAAUAUUGAUUGUAAUUAUUUUAUUUACUUAACAAUUAGUAUAAUACAUCCCAUU